GGCAGAGCUGCUGCGGAGCCACUGUUCUUUCAGGCCCUGGACUCUGGAGCGACCCCAUACUCCCUACUUCCUUCAGCUGUCCGCUGCGGUCCCCAAGAGCACUGCAGCCAUGGGCAUCCGAGGUAUGCUGCGAGCUGCUGCGCUCCUGCUGCUCAUUAGGACUUGGCUGGCAGAGAGUAACGGCCCCAGUCCCACCCCAAAAUUCCACUUCGAGCUCUCCUCCAGCACGCCUGAAGUCAUUCUGGAUCUCUUCAACUGCAAAAACUGUGCAAAUGAAGCUGUGGUUCAAAAGAUUUUGGACAGGGUGCUGUCAACAUAUGAUGUCCGACUUAGACCAAAUUUUGGAGGAGCUCCUGUGCCUGUGUCAGUAUCUAUCUAUGUGUCCAGUAUUGAACAGAUCUCAGAAAUAAAUAUGGACUACACAAUCACAAUGUUUUUGCAUCAGACCUGGAAGGACACACGCUUAGCUUACUAUGAAACCAACCUGAACCUGACCCUGGAUUAUCGGAUGCAUGAAAAGCUCUGGGUUCCUGACUGCUACUUUGUGAAUAGCAAAGAUGCCUUUGUGCAUGAUGUAACUGUGGAGAAUCGUGUAUUUCAACUUCACCCAGAUGGGACAGUGCGAUAUGGCAUCCGACUUACCACAACAGCAGCCUGUUCCCUGGAUCUGCAAAAAUUCCCUAUGGACAAACAAUCCUGCAAGCUGGAGGUGGAGAGCUAUGGCUACACUGUCGAAGACAUUGUGUUAUCCUGGGAAGAUGAUAAUGCCAUCCACAUUACUGAUGGGCUGCAUAUCCCUCAGUACACGUACCUGGGGAGAACAAUUACCAGCAAGGAAGUGUACUUCUACACAGGCUCCUACAUGCGCCUGAUAGUGAAGUUCCAGGUUCAGAGGGAAGUCCGCAGUUACCUUGUGCAGGUCUAUUGGCCCACGGUCCUCACCACCAUUCUCUCCUGGAUAUCAUUUUGGAUGAACUAUGAUUCCUCUGCAGCCAGGGUAACUAUUGGACUAACUUCGAUCCUUGUCCUGACUACCAUCGACUCACAUAUGCGGGAUAAACUCCCCCAUAUUUCCUGUAUCAAAGCUAUUGACAUCUACAUCCUUGUAUGCCUAUUCUUCGUUUUCCUGUCACUGCUGGAGUAUGUCUACAUCAACUACCUUUUCUUCAGCCAAGUACCUCGGCGUAAUCACAGAAGAUGCAGGAAACCCAGGAGAGUUGUUGCCCGAUACCGCUACCAAGAAGUGGUGGUAGCAAAUGUGCAGGAUGGCCUGAUUAAUGUUGAAGACAGAGUAGAAGACAGAGCUGGUCCCCUUCCUGACAGCCCCAUGCAGGCUCAUCUGGCAAGCCAGGAAAGUCUAGGAUCCUUGGUGUUCACAUCAGAGCAGGCCCAGCUGGCUACCUCGGAAAGUCUCAGUCCACUCUCUUCUGCCUCAAGCCAGACUCAAUUGGCCACUGGAGAAAGCCUGAGUGAUCUUCCCUCCACCUCUGAGCAAACACUGCCUGAUUGUACCAUUCACUUUCAUGGCUUUCUUACUAAUGACAGUAUUAUCCCCAUCAAAAUCCACAGCCGAUCUGAUGCCUGCGAUAAUGAAGACUCCGAAGAAAGCCUGGGCUCUGAGGAGAGCCAUGGCCAUGGAAGCAGCCACACUGGAAGGCUCAAGCUCCAGAUUAGCCAGAGUGCAUAGUAAGUGUCAACGAGCUCCCUGACCCAUCACAUCGUUGGAUCCUCACAGGAGCCCUGUGAGCCAGGGAAGACAAAGCACCUUGUCCCCAGUGUUCCAAGGAAAAUGUGGAGCUUGUGUGCCAUGCUCAAAGAUGCUUGUUCUUAUCCUUAUCUGCUUAACUCUCAACUAACUGCCCCUUCCCUGUGCUCAAGCUGCCAAGCUCACUGGACAGCACCUGGAGCAUCUCUAGAUGAAGAGGCCAGCCACUGAACAUGGAGCCUACUCAGCAGGGCUCCUGAUAAGAGUGGGAUGAGCCUGUACACCAACUUUCCAGGAAGCACCAGCUUAUUGAUGGAGGUCAUGAGGGAGCUUUUCCAAGCACUCAACCUAUAUCCCCCCUUCCUCUAUAGGCAGCCUCUCCUUCAGCCCUAUACUCCUCUGCCCACCCACUUUCUUAAGUAUACUCCUGUACUUCUAUGUUUAUAUGUUUCUGUGUAUCUCUGAGGAUCACUAUGUAUGUAUUCAGGUAGGUCUAUGUGCUAUACAUACAACCAUCUGAGA